AUGGUUUCUCUCAAGUCCCUCGCUUCAGCGGGUUUUGUCCUUGCUGGUCUUGUUUCUGCUCAUCCUGGUGAGAAGCAUGAUCAUCAGAAGAUUAAGAGACAGAUCCAGACCCGUGACACCAUCGCCAACCUGGGCCAGCGAUCAUUGAACGCCUGCUCUGGUUCUCUCCAUGCUCGGGAGUUGAAGGCUCGUUCGAUUGCUCGUCGAGCAGAGAAGGUCGAGAAGCUUCGUAAGAGACUUGGCAUCAAGACAGCGGCCAAGAAGCACCGACGCGACGAAGAUGAUAUCGUCAAGUGGGAGGCUGUCAACCACAACAAGACUGGAGUCUCGAGCAACAACAUGUUCACUCCUCUCGAAACCGUCUUUGGCGCCAACUCCAGCUGUAUUCUAUCCCCCGAGAUCACCGCCGGUCCUUACUACAUCGUUGGCGAAUACCUGCGAUCCAACGUUAUCGAAACAGAGUUCUGUGACGGUGUCCCUCUGUUCCUAGAAGUCCAAUACGUCGAUGUUGCUACUUGCGGUGGAGUCCCCAACUUGGCCACCGACGUUUGGAACUGCAAUGCCACUGGCGUUUACUCUGGCGUUAGCUCCCAAGCUGGUCUAAACACCACUUUCCUUCGUGGCAUUCAGGUCACCGACCACGACGGUGUCGUUCAGUUUGAGACCAUCUUCCCUGGUCAUUAUGAGGGACGCGCUACUCACACUCAUCUCCUUACUCAUGCCAAUGCAUCGGUGUCUUCCAACGGCACGAUCCAGGUCUACAACAGCCCUGUUCAACAUAUUGGUCAGCUUUUCUGGCCCGAGGAUCUCCGCGAAGAAGUUGAGGCUCUUACUCCUUACAACACCAACACCGUUGAGGUGACCACAAACGAGGAAGAUAUGUGGUCUGUUCUCCAGGCCGAUGAGUCUUAUGACCCCUUCCCUCAGUAUGUCUACCUGGGAGACUCUGUCCAGGAUGGAAUCUUUGCUUGGAUCCAGAUUGGUAUCAACACCAAUGCGGACUACACCUCGGAUGAGUAUUAUGGUGUUGCUGGAUACUUGGCUAGCGACGGUGGCCAUGCUUUGGACAGCGGUAUUGGUGGAGGCGGUGGAGGCGGCGGCGGCGGCGGCCAGGGAGGCCAAGCUCCUUCUGGAAGUGGAACUCCUCCUGCUGGCCAGCCCACUGGAACUCGUUCUGCCUAA